GGAGGAAAGAGGCAAAACAAUCUUUUUAUCCUCCGGACCGGGCGGCUUUUUGGAUAUCCCGGCUAGCUGAACGCCCCAUGUAGAGUAGACGUUGACGGACGAUAUCAAUAAUACCCGGAAAGUCACGACAAUCCCGAUAAAUGAAUCCCACUCGAGAAUUUUGCACUACGAUCUAUAGAAAGCGAGUUUUCUUUCUUUAGUCUCCACUUGGUCGCUCUGAAAAUGGAUUCGAGAUCGAUUUUGGACAAGCCGGUGGUUGGGACGCGGCUUGCUGGUGCGGACUUCGGCUACCGGACGACCCGCUCGGUGCUCCACGACAGCCGGCUGGAGAAAAGCGGCGGGUUGCGGGCGGGGGCGACCGCAAACGGGACCGUCCUCUUCAAAUGUGUGCGAGGCGGCCAGGCGACGAAGGAUAACGUCUUUGCUGAAGGGAAUGGACGAAGAUUGCACGACGGGGAAAAAACUGGCCUGGGCGAACACAGAGACACUGGUUGCACUGCAAGCCUGAAGAGGACCAGUCCUACUCACUGCCCAGUUACAAAUGGGCAAACACCGAGCAGCUUUAUGUCCUUGGACAUCACAACUCAAGAGAGACAGGUGGAGAUGGCUAUCAGCUUCAGGCCAACACCAGGACAGAAUGUACCAGAGAAGGAGAGACAACCGCUCCCUUCUUCUCAUAUCCCUGUCCCCAGGAACAGGAAGCCCUCAGGUCAUGCUGAUAAGGAGGUGAUGGCCGCCGCCGUCCUGACAUCGCUGUCCACAUCCCCGCUGGUGCUCUGCCCGUCCUCCACGCCGACAGCUCCAUUUUGCUGUGCUUGCCAUUGCCAUGGCAACCUCACCAGAUGGUCAAAGUCCUGGCAACUUUCUCAACCCCCCUCCCCUUUUUGCACAACUUACCGAGGCUCUUUGCUCCGGAUGAGCCAACAUGGAGCUGCAGUUCCAGAACCAGCGAUUCGGGCUUGGAAGGAGGCGCUGUCAGCCAGCUACAGCAGCUCCACCAGCGGCAACUGGAGCUGGGAUGCCAGCGACCAAUCGGUGCCCUCCACGCCAUCACCGCCUCUGUCCAACGACGCCAACAAGAACUUCCUGCUCCCGUCGCAAGGGGAUGAUGUCAGCGAGGACGUCGCCGAAAGCACGCAUUUCAUGUUUGAGGACCCCAUACCUCGCAAACGAAAGAACUCCAUGAAGGUGAUGUUUAAGUGCCUGUGGAAGAACUGUGAAAAGGUCCUCAGCACUUCCUCAGGAAUACAGCGGCACAUCCGCACCGUCCACCUGGGGCGUAACAGCGACUCGGACUACAGUGACGGGGAGGAGGACUUCUACUACUCAGAGAUCGAGGUCAACAUGGACAGCCUGACGGAGGGCAUGUCCAGCCUCACGCCCACCUCGCCCACCACGGCCGGCCCCCCGCCCAUUUUCCCGUCGCCGCUUGCCGACGUCCCGCACUCGGAGCACAUCAACUUGAACGGGGUGCACAGCCAUGCUCCGACACUGCUCAGCCAAUCGGCUCCCUCGACCCUCUGCCACAUCCGCACUGACCACGCCUACCAGGAAACCCCGCGGGGAGGCCAAAAAGUGCCGGAAGGUCUACGGCAUGGAGAAGAAAGAGAUGUGGUGCACGGCCUGUCGCUGGAAGAAGGCCUGUCAGAGAUUCACCGACUAAGAGCCCACCCCACUUUUAGUCCCCCGCCCCCCGUCGCCGGCAAGACGAGCUCCGCUAUUUGGCGCUGGAGCAGGCUUCUUCUUUUGCUUCUCAGUGCUGCCUCCUGCAGAGCAGCAGGAGGUUUGACUUUGCUCUCUACUCUUUCCCAAAAAAACUGAGAAAAAGGAACUUUCUGCUGGUUUUAAAAUUUUUUGGUUUUCCCUUAAGACUGAGAUUUUUCACUCGCUCACUGUUGAUAAAAAAAAAAAAAGGGGGGGGAUAAGGACAGCGUUAAAGAAACUUCCAUUUUAAUUGGGAACGUUCAGAUGCUAUUUUUCACUUAUUUUCCACUGAAUGUGUAAAAUGACAAAUAUUUUGGUAUACUCAGUAUAUUAGCAGCAUGAUGUAAGCUAUUGUUGACGCAUCAGUGGACGGGUUCCCGACGCUCCAUAGCACAUCAGUGUCACUGCCGCGCCCUUGUUGAGUUCCAACCAAGUUCUAUCACGCAGCCGUAAUGGACACCGACGUUCUGCCUGUCCAUUCCCUCUUUCAGCUAGACAUUAAUCUUCACAUUUUUGCAACGAUGCACAAAACCCUCACAUUAUGUGGUACAAAAUAACAAGAAUUCCCCCUCUUUCAACUUUGCAAAAAAAAGCUCUACAGAUGUACAGAACAUAAGAAACAUAGCCCCCUCCCCCUCCCCCCUCUUUAACCCAGAGAAAUAUGCACCUUGAAGAAACGACUCGACUUUUACGAGUAUCACUGUAAGCCUGGGGGAGAGGAAAGUGUGUAUCUUAUAGAGAGUUUAUUUUCAGCAUGGACGUGCUGAAGCAACUAGCAGUUGCACCAUGCAAUCAGCAGGAUUACAACUCGUUGAAUAUUGUCUUUCUUGCUUUCAUGUUGUCGUUGUCGGGAAGGCGAUUCGGGCAGUCUUUGCUUUUCUUGAUUUUUCACGUGACAGCUGAUGUUUUGAGAUUCUGAGAAGAGAUUGUUUUAUGUCGCCAUGUAUUUUGCCCUUUCAAACCGCCCCCGUCUGAUUAAGAGGAUAGAAAAAGUCUACACACCCUUGCUCAAAUGGCAUGUCAACUAAAUGAAGGUAAUUUUUCCACUGUUAACGUGCAAGCACCUUUGGCCAUAAUUUCCGAAGAUUGUUUGCCACAAUGAUAUUAUAUCUCAGUUCAUUUUUCACUUUUGUCUCUCUCUAGAAAAAAAAAAAAGACUUAUUCUUUCAUUUGAUUUGCAGGGGUUAUGGGUCACGCACAUGAUUUGUCAUGGUCUCAUUUUUGUUCAUCGCAUUUGAGCGGGGGUGUGCAGACUUUCUCUAGCCGCUGAAGGUAGUGAGCCCGUCAUCACUGCUUGUCUGGAGGGCAGCCCUUUAAUGCGGAGAGACUUGCGCAUUAGCAAACCUGACUUCACUGGAACAUUUGUUGUCAUUUCAAUCCUUCAAGUGAUCCACGCUGGGUUGUAAGAUUUGCAAUUCUAAUGCAGCGUCUCAAAGCAUUUACUUGAUUUGUAAUAAGAUGGAAGUAUAGUCCUCCGUUCCACCCCCCCCCCCCCACCCCAGAUUAAACCUUGCUGAUGGAUCUUUCGAUUAGUAUAGUAAGGGCAAUUGCUUUAUUUAAUCAUAAAUCUGUUUGAAAUUCCUCUUGGAGGUCCAAGACAUGUGAAAGAGCUGAGGAGAAUAAUAGCCAGCGACAAUCAAGACAUUUCUAUUCAAUAACAGGCAGCUUUGUGAUUGGCUAAAUAAAACUAGAUGGCUCUCGUGGGUGAUUUUAUUGAUGAAAGUAGACUAAAUCGUUGCUAAUCAUUGUAGUUUUUUUGUUAGGUGUCUUUUUCUUUAAGAUGGACUCGUUUUUCUAAUUGUUGUAUAAUUCUUCUAUUCAAAGACCCAAGAAGCGCUUCAUCUAUUUCCUCUUUAGCAAGUCAUAUAGUCGUCGUACUUUUAUCUGACAAAUUUUUAAUUUUACAAACUGGCGCAGUGACCGAGGAUCCGUAUUUUCAAGCCUUGUUGUCGAUGUGGAUUUGACGGCGUUUUUACGCAGCCAUUCAACUUUGUAGAAAAAGUGACAAACACGUAGGCUAUCAGAGCAAAUGUGGUGAUCUUUGUUGCCAUGGAAAUUUUACCUUUUCCUUUCUCGAUGCUUGCCUAAGUGCAUGCGUGGGCCCUCGUCAAUUCCCAGGUUUCUCCGCCUUCUUUUUGUUUUUCCUCCAGUAAAGUGAUAAGCUAACUCCCUCUCGUCCUGUGAUUGGCCAACCUCGUAAAGGACAGAAACCUCACAAAGUGCCAACGAUAAGAACAUAAGAAAAAGGAAAGCUAUACUGACCUGAAGCAAAUUGCACUACAUUGCACCCUAACCCUAAGACAAGUGUUUUUUCUAUGUGGACAUUUUCUACACGCGUGAUUUCAAAGCGAUUGUUCAGUUUUCCAAAAAUAGUGUUUGAGGGCCAAGCCACGAUGAGAGAAGCCAGGGUGUCAGGGAUUGAGGUUGAAACACCUCCCAUCAGCAGCAUCAUCAUCUUCAUCUUCUUGGUCCUCAUCAGAUGAAAUGAUCUGGCCCUCUUUUUCUUCUGUACUCAAGAGUUUGUCGUGUUUCCUCCAGUGCGGUACCUGCUUGUGAGUUCUGUGCUUGAUUCUUGCAUUUCUGCAAAAUCUCCGGACUUUCAUGUGCACUGUGAUUGCGCUUCCCACUCGCUCGCAUGAAUCCCGCUGUGCGCCGUGCCGUGUGCGUGCGCUCAUAAACGCUUUUCACCAAGAUAGACGAGCAACCCGGUUGAUGACUUUUUAAAGCAGGCACUUUUACCGCUCCUGUGGGUUGACCAGGGGUGUCCAAAUUUUUGCCGCCCAGGGAGUGAAUACAGAGAAAGCAAGAUACGCCAUUUUAUUAAUUUAUUCAAGAAAUCUAUCAACGGGAGAAGGAAUUGCCAAAAUUUGCGAUUAAUUAACUUCCAUACUGAAGUUUGUACGUGAUGCCACAAUAUUGCAGCAAAGCACUUUUUUUUAUUAGACAAAGAUUUGAUCUGAUUGAAUUACUUAGUUCAACAUUGGCACUUAGCACCAGCAAGCCACCAGGUGGCGUCAAAGCCAUAUUUGCGUCUUAAGACACGGUUUUGGCCUGAGCACAAAAAAAAAAAAAAAAGGGUUUGAAAGCCAAACCACCCUUUCCCUUUAAGUUAGUUGCUGUGAGUCCUUGAGAUUAAUUUGUUACUUGUAUUUUGGACACCCCUGAUUGAAAUCACCAUUGCACUUCCACAUCUCCAGCUGAGCCAUGCGUUACGGGCGUACUUGUACCCCACAUCCGCUUUGGGAUUUUUGAUUUGACUUUUCCAAGCUCCCAAGCAAGCACUUUUCCAUCUCCCCCACCCGCACGUGGAGCUCAAGCGUGUAGAGCGCCUCCUCUUUGUGUUGCACUAAUCUGGCCAGUGACGAUCAAGCCCAUUGCGGUGUCACCUUAACUGCGUUUAACCGAGGCCGCUUGUUGCUAAUAAUGAUUCAAAGACGAUGGGUGGGCGAAGUAGCGAAUGUCGGUUGGCGUUAGCGGACAAGAGACAGAUGGACUUGCAGCUUCAGGACUUUUUUUUUGUACAUAUGCAGCAUAAAGCGAACCCUGACGCUUUUUCAUAUAUUAUUUUGUUGUUGUUUCUCUUAUAUUAAAAGGAAACAUUUUUUUUUUUUACAGCACAGAUGCUCCGAAUAUUUUUUUUUACAUUGCUUUGAGAAGCUGUUGUGAACAUACGUUAAAGUAGAAGUCAAGUCAAAAAUAUUCUUUGCGAUAAUAUGUUUGACGUGCAGAAUUGCGACAGUGGGAAAACAAUUAAGAGGAUUGGAUGUCAACAUCCUUGUCUGGUGGAAAACAAGUUGGAUUAGUCUUCUUAAUUUGUAUUACACAAAUGCAAAAAUAUUUUAAAUUAAGGAGGGGGGGCACAUAUUAUUGCAAAACAAAUAUUUUUGACUUGGCUUUAAGAUUCUAUUGUAGCUUUGAGGACAAGGGGGGGAAGACAACAUGUUGAAUGUAAAACUUACAAAAAUAAAAGUUGUUUUGGUUGUAUCUGCCGUGUAGUGUGUACUGCCUGUAGUUAUGAUUUUGGCAUCCAAAUGUUUCAACGUCGCUGUGGCGUCUUUUGCCGCGCUGCUUCGUCAUAUGGAAUGGCAGCAACCGUGCAGUAUUGCUCCUCUUAAAGUACCGUUUGGCAAAGACACAAGUGUUAACUUCUGCUCACUUGCUCUGCUUUUUGUUUUUGUGGCGUCGAGAUGUUUGCGAGGCAGGAAAACCAAGAGGGAGUCGUAUUCCCGUCUGGCACAUUCCAUCAUAUGGAAGCUUUUAGUGUCUUCCACACAAGCUCUUUGGAAAGCCUUUAUAUCAUCUCCUUGAUACCCAUCUUAAGAUCUUGGUCGUCAUUCAUUUGCACACCAGUUGAAAAACUACUCAUUCGCACUAGUACAACGACUGCCUUACUGGUAAAGUUUUAUUCUCUACUGCCUUCCUAUGGAAAGAUGUUUGAGCAUUUAUUAAUUUUCGGAUCAGAUACUAGUACAGUAUUUGUCCUCACCAGUAAAAGAACAACUAGGGCACAUUAGCAGAGCAGAUGUGUCUUCAAAGCAGAAAGAGUAUUACUCUUACCAUGCAUGUAAUUUCUAUGUUUGGUCUACUAGUUUGAAGUUAAUGUCCAUGUACUUGUACACUCUUUCUUGUCGCUAGUAAUACCACUACAUGGUAGUAGUGAGGAGAAACUUACACUAGCUUUCUACUACGGACACAAAAUUCUAUUAGUUAACAUCUAUUGUUCCACCAGACAAUUCACUUCACUUCUCUAGUUGUGUGAAUGUUUGUUUUCGGUAUCCUUGAUAUCCACCUUAAGAUCCACAAACUAUUAAUCCAAAAGAUGCACUGGUAGUUGACUUUUUUUUUUUACUAAGGCACUUGCUCGGACAUAAACGUCCUAACAGUGUGUCAAAUUGUCUUUCCGAUGAGGAUGAAGAAGGUACUAGUACAUGGAUGUUAAGUUAAAUGUCAACUGGCCUUCUUUCCAUUGCAGCACAUUAAGCUAACGGAACCCCGUCAAAUGUGCAGCUCCGCUUUGCUUCCUUCCUUUUGUCCCUCACAUGACCCUCGUUUUUUUUUCUCUCGUGGUUGUGGAGCCCCAUGCGGGCUGCAACCUUUUGCGUUUUGUUUUUUCAUUGAUUGAUUGAUUGAUUGAUUUGUCUGCUUAAUAACACAAUGGAUAGAUGAAAUUAUGAGGUCAUUUCCUAUGUCGAGGAUGUGUCUGGGUUCAUUUGGUGAGAUGUCACUGAAGGCUUUGUUACGCGUUUCCCUCUCUGUACCGUAAUGCGUUACUAUUACCAUCAGUAUGGAAACUCAUGGAGCAUUUCAUCAAUAUCCUUGAUAUCCUUAAUAACUGUUGAACGAGCGGCUUCUCAAACUCUACUGAUAGUAUCAGAAGGCACUAAUAGUGUUGCAGAAAUGCCACGCAGUCCUGGAAAAAAAGUUUACUAGUGCGACGCAAUCAUUGUGUUACUAGUGAAGGAGGACAGAGUGCACUAGUAUAUGAUUGGACCUUAAGCUGGAUAUCAUUUGAAAUCGUUGAUAUCCACUUUCAAGUCAUACUAGUACCGUAAUUUUCGGACUAUAAGUCGCACCGGAGUAUAAGUCGCACCAGCCAUAAAAUGCCCAAAAAAGUGAAAAAAAACAUAUAUAUGUAUAUAAGUCGCUCCUGAGUAUAAGUCGCCCCCCCCCCCCAAACUAUGAAAAAAACGCGACUUAUAGUCCGAAAAUUACAAUAUGUGGUAAAUGUUACAAGUUUUACUUGUGCGCCUCCUAGAAAGAGUACAAGCUAGAUUUCAAGGCUAUCGAAUAAAUGCUCCAAAAGCUUACCAUAUAUCUGCCAUACCACAUGUGACACAUUGGAGGGGACCGAAUGGUUUUGUCGUACUUCUCCCCGUCAUCAUCAGCACAGUGCUGACGGAGGGAAGACUUUGCCAAGAGUUUUUGUGUGAAUGUCAAGCGGCAAUGGCUGAGCAUGUGAUCAUGUGAUCUAUGUGAUGUAAUGUGAGUGAAAGCAAAUAAAAAGAAAAUGCAACAAA